AUGGCUAGCUUCACCCAACUCGCUCUCUUCUGCAUCGCGGCUGCGUUGACCGCCUCGUCACUCGUAGCCGCGUUGCCUUCGACCAAGAGUGGUGGACUCCUGGCAUCUGCCCAGGAACUUAAUGUCGACGUUACCGCCGCGGCUGACCAAAUCACUUUCUCGCACUGCACCGCCGACCAGGAGCGCAUCAUCUCCAACGCUAUCCCGAUCGCGCAAGCGUGGGCCCUCGAGUCGCUGACUUACCUCGACAACAUCGAUAGGAAUCACACCGCGGCCAUCGAUGAGAGGUACAAGAUAUGGUUCGGCGCCUACACACAGGCACGGUUCGGGGAGGUGAUUGGCCGUAUGGCUGCGAUCAGGCAUGUUCAUUUUGAAGACUGGACGUACGAGUGUGACCCGGGCUGCGGUUUGCUGGCGCCGCUAAUCCACGCGUUCGUCAACCCCAACAACCGAUCCGUCGUCAAACUGUGUCCUCUCUUCUGGAAGUAUGACGACAACGAAAGGGUGACGCUCCGCUACCCAUCUUCUAUUUAG